AUGGCGAAAAACAAAACAAUCGAAGAGAGGUAUCAGAAAAAGUCACAGAUAGAACAUAUUCUGCUGAGGCCUGAUACCUACAUAGGAAGUGUCGAAAUGCAUACACAGUUGUUAUGGGUUUGGAAUAAAGAAAAGAAUCGUAUGGUUCAAAAGAAUAUAACAUAUGUACCAGGGUUAUAUAAAAUAUUCGAUGAAAUUAUUGUAAAUGCAGCAGAUGUAAAAGCUAGGGAAAAGCCGAAGAGUGACAACCCUAUGACUUGUAUAAAAAUAGAAAUAAAUAAAGAACAGAAAAAAAUAAGUGUAUAUAAUGAUGGUGAAGGUAUACCAGUAGAAAUACAUAAAGAAAUGAAUAUAUAUGUUCCUCAUAUGAUUUUUGGGGAAUUGUUAACAUCGGAUAAUUAUGAUGAUGCAGAAGAUCGAAUUACUGGAGGCAGAAAUGGAUUUGGAGCAAAAUUAACAAAUAUUUUUAGUAAAGAGUUUGUUGUAUAUUGUGGUGAUAGUGAGAGGAAAAAAGAAUUUAAAAUGACAUGGUCAGAUAAUAUGUCAAAAGUUUCUGAACCGAUCAUAAAAAAUUAUAGUGGAAAAGAUUAUGUAAAGGUUACAUUUAAACCUGAUUUAGUAAAAUUUGGAAUGACUGAAAUGGAUGAAGAUAUAGAAAGUUUGCUGUACAAGAGGGUAUACGACUUAGCUGGUACUUGUAGUGUGAGGGUUUAUUUAAACGGAACAAGGUUAAGUGUGAAAGAUUUUAAAAGUUACGUAGAUUUAUAUUUGAAGGAUAAUUCAGCAAAUGGAAAUGGGAAUGGUAGUAACAAUAAAAAUAAUACUAAUAAGGAAAAUCAGAAUGGCAAUGCGGAAGUUAGCGCUAAUCAGACUAUGGACAAUUUAGAUGUUAGUUUGUCAAAUGAACCCGGGGAGGUAUCCCCAUCUAAGAGCAAUGCGGCUAAUGGGAAUGGAAAUGGCAAUGGAAGCGGAAGUGGAAACAUUAAUGAUGAAGAGGAGCUGGUAAAAAUACAUGAAAAGCAACAUCGAUGGGAAAUAGUUGUAUCAAAAACAGAUGGGUCUCAGUUCCAACAAGUGUCUUUUGUUAACAGUAUAUGUACAACGAAAGGAGGAUCACACGUUAAUUAUAUAGUUGAACAACUACUUAAUUCACUUAGUAAAAGAGCAAAUGCAAAAAAUAAAGGAGGAAUGGAAAUAAAAUCUGGACAUAUAAAGAAUCAUUUAUGGGUAUUUGUAAACUGUUUAAUUGUUAAUCCUACUUUUGAUUCUCAAACAAAAGAAACGUUAACUACUAAACCUGUGAAAUUUGGUAGUAAAUGUAUCUUAUCUGAAAAGACUAUAAAUAAUGUGUUAAAAAGUCCUAUCUUAAGUAAUAUUUUAUUAUGGGCUCAAGCUAAAGCACAAGUGGAGUUAAGAAAAAAAAUGAAAGCUGGAUCUUCUAAAGCCAGGGAAAGAAUUAUCGGUAUCCCUAAGUUAGAAGAUGCUAAUGAUGCAGGUAGUAAAUAUAGUCAAGAAUGUACCUUAAUAUUAACAGAAGGAGAUAGUGCUAAAACGUCCUGUUUAGCUGGUUUAUCUAUUGUAGGUAGAGAUAAAUAUGGUGUGUUUCCAUUGAAAGGUAAAUUAUUAAAUGUAAGAGAUGCUUCGUUCAAACAAUUAAUGGACAACAAAGAAAUACAAAAUAUUUUCAAAAUUAUGGGCUUAGAUAUUACAGAUAAGAAUAAAGAUGAUCUGAAAGGAUUACGAUACGGUUCUCUUAUGAUCAUGACAGAUCAAGAUUAUGACGGAUCGCACAUUAAAGGAUUGCUAAUUAAUAUGAUACAUAAAUUUUGGCCCAGUUUAUUAAAACAUAAAGGAUUCUUAAGUGAAUUUGUUACGCCCAUUGUUAAAGUACAAAAGGGUAAUCAGGAAUAUUCUUUUUUUACAAUUGCAGAAUAUGAACAAUGGAAAGAAAGCACAAAUUUAGUUGGGUGGAAAAUAAAAUACUACAAAGGGCUUGGUACUUCGACAGAUAAAGAAUUUAAACAAUAUUUUUCAGAUAUAAAGAAUCAUAAAAUAGUAUUUUUAUGGACAGGGGAUAGAGAUGGAGAUUCAAUUGAUAUGGCAUUUAGUAAAAAAAGAAUUGAAGAUAGAAAAUUGUGGUUACAAAAUUUUAUUCUUGGUUCAUAUGUAGAUCAUAAGGAAAAAGAUUUAUCAUAUUACGAUUUUGUAAAUAAAGAAUUAAUUUAUUAUUCAAGAUAUGAUACAGAAAGAAGUAUACCGAACAUUAUGGAUGGAUGGAAACCUGGUCAAAGAAAAGUACUAUAUGGCUGUUUUAAAAGAAAUUUAAAAAAUGAAUGUAAAGUAGCACAAUUAGUUGGAUAUAUAGCAGAGCAUAGUGCAUAUCAUCAUGGAGAGUCUUCAUUACAACAGACCAUUAUUAACAUGGCACAAACAUUUGUAGGAUCAAAUAAUAUUAACUUUUUAGAACCAUGUGGACAAUUUGGUAGUAGAAAAGAGGGAGGAAAAGAUGCAUCAGCAGCUAGGUAUAUUUUUACCAAAUUGGCUAGUUCGACAAGAAGUAUAUUUAAUGAAUAUGAUGAUCCUAUAUUAAAAUAUUUAAACGAAGAAGGUCAAAAAAUAGAACCACAAUAUUAUAUACCUGUUAUACCAACUAUACUGGUGAAUGGUUGUGAAGGAAUAGGAACAGGAUAUUCAUCAUUUAUUCCGAAUUAUAAUUAUUUAGAUAUUAUUAAUAAUAUUAAGAGAUACAUAAAUAAAGAACCUUUAAUACCUAUGAUUCCAUGGUACAAAGAUUUUAAGGGUAGAAUAGAAUCAAAUGGAAAAACUGGUUAUGAAACUAUUGGUAUAAUAAAAAAGAUAGAUGAUGAGACCUUAGAAAUUACUGAAUUGCCUAUUAAAAGAUGGACACAAGAUUAUAAAGAAUUCUUGGAAGAAUUACUAACAGAUGAAAAGCAUCAAUUAAUUAUAGACUAUAUAGACAACAGUUCACAUGAAGAUAUAUGUUUUACUAUCAAAAUGGAUCCUGUAAAAUUAAAAAGAGCAGAAGAAGAAGGACUAGAAAAAAUAUUUAAACUAAAGAGUACAUUAACUACAACAAAUAUGACGCUAUUCGAUCCAAAUCUCAAAUUACAGAGAUAUUCAACUGAGCUCGAUAUAUUGAAAGAAUUUUGUUUCCACAGAUUAAAAGCUUAUGAAAAUAGAAAAAGCUAUUUAAUAGCUAAAUUGGAAAAGGAAAAAAAAAUUAUUUCAAAUAAGAGCAAAUUUAUAUUAGCUAUAGUUAAUAAUGAACUUAUAGUUAACAAAAAAAAAAAGAAAGUACUUGUUGAAGAGUUGUAUAGAAAAGGCUAUGAUCCUUAUAAAGAUAUUAAUAAAAUAAAAAAAGAAGAAAUAUUUGAACAAGAAUUACUAGAGUCAGGUGAAAACCCAGAAGAUAACGAAGAAAUUAUUGCUGGUAUAUCCGUAAAAGAUUAUGAUUAUUUAUUAGGUAUGCCUAUAUUUAGUCUCACGUUAGAAAAAGUAGAAGAUCUAUUAUCACAACUUAAGGAGAAGGAAAGAGAACUAGAAAUACUAAAAAAUAUUACUAUUGAAACAAUGUGGCUGAAGGAUAUUGAAAAGGUAGAAGAAGCCAUUGAAUAUCAACGAAAUGUUGAGUUAGCUAACCGAGAGGAAAGUAACAGAUUUAAGGUAGCCAGAAAACAGGGAGGAAGUGCUUUUAGGAAAAAGAAAAAGAAGAAAAAGUUAACGAGUGAUGACGAUUCCCCAGGUGAUGAUUCAUCUGAUAGUAGUGAAUUCUUACUUCAUACUCUGAAUAUUAAAAAAACAAAAAAAAUGCCUAAUAAUAAUGCGACUAGUAGUGCUAGAAAGAGAUUGAAAAAAACAGAGGACGACAAUAGUAACAAUAAUAUCAAUGGUAGUAGUGAUAUAAAUGGUACUAACAACAUCAGUCAUCGUAGUAAUAAUGAUUUUAACGACUCGUCCAUAUUAGUUAACAGCGAAGUAUAUAGCAAUAAUAUGACUUAUGCAAAAAAUGUUGAUGACUCGUACGUAUCUGACAACACACCAUUACUCAAUAAAAUUAUAAAUAAAAAUAAUUCAAAUAACGUAGACACUAAUGCAUAUACUAAAAAUAAUAAGAGUACUAAUAAAAAUUCAAAAAAAAAAAAAACUCUAUCUUCUGAUUUAUCUAAUGACGAUAGUUAUGGAAGUAGUUCACCUAAGGACAACGAUAGUAGUAUUAUAGUAGACAAAACACCUAGCAUACCUGUAGGCACUAGUGAAAAUAUUACUAUAUCACCGAAUAGUAUAAUAAACAUUAACGACUUUUCAGGCAUUAAAAAUAAGUUACUAGAGCUUGAAAAUAAGAAGAAGCCAAGACUGACCCUAGCUGAAAAGAUUAAAAUGAAAAACGCAGAAAAGAAGAGCUCCCCUUCUAAAAAGAGCACAGGAGGACGAACUCCCUCGAACAAGAAAAAGAGCACAUUAUUAGAUGAUUCAAAAUCGAAGAAGUCGUUAACUUAUGAUAGUGACGAUUCCAGCAAUGAUGUUGAAUCAGUGGAUGAUAGUGACAGUUCAUUCAAUAUAUAG